CCCACACCUGCGGACAUAAAAGGACGUAACUUUCCGCCCGAUUUCAUUUGGGGUAUUGGUACGUCAGCAUAUCAAAUUGAAGGUGGUUGGAAUGCCUCCGAUAAAGGGGAAUCGAUAUGGGAUCAUCUAACACACAGAUUUCCGGAAAAAAUUGAUGAUCAAUCAAAUGGUGAUAUUUCGUCUGACAGUUAUCAUCAGUGGCGUCGCGAUGUGCAAAUGAUACGCGAUCUCAACGUGCAUGUCUAUCGCUUUUCAAUAUCGUGGACACGCAUCAUGCCCGGCGGCUACAUGAAUCAGGUGAGCAGCGAUGGCAUACGUCACUACAGUGAUCUCAUCAACGAGUUGCUUCACUACAAUAUCACACCAAUGGUCACAAUUUAUCACUGGGAUCUGCCACAACGUCUGCAAGAGUUGGGCGGUUGGACGAAUCCGGAAAUUAUACCAGUUUUUAAGGAUUACGCCCGCCUUCUAUUCGAAAUGUAUGGCGACCGUAUUAAGAUUUGGACGACAAUCAAUGAACCUUGGCACAUCUGUGAAUUUGGUUAUGGCGUUGAUUACAUGGCACCCUCAUACAAUUACCCUGGCAUUCCCAGCUAUUUGUGCGCGCACAAUUUGCUCAAAGCACACGCUGAGGUGGUGCAUAUGUAUCGUGAGAAGUAUCAAGAUUUACAGAAGGGAAAAAUCGGCUUAACUAUGGACACAUCGUGGAUGGAACCUAAAACCGAUUCGGUGGAUGAUCAAGAAGCAUCUGAACGUGCAUUGCAAUUCUAUUUGGGUUGGUAUGCGCAUCCGAUCUUCUCCAAACGUGGCAAUUACCCACAAGUUAUGAUCGAUCGUAUACAUAAUUUGAGUAAGGAGCAGGGUUUCACACGUUCACGCUUGCCAGAGUUUACAGCAGAUGAGGUGCGUCGUAUACGCGGCACUGCCGAUUUCUUUGGCAUUAAUUCGUACACCAGCAAACGUGUGACAAAGAAUGAUCACAACAACAGCAAUAAUUUUCCAAUACCAUCAUUUAAUCACGAUAUGGGCGUGAUCGAAGAUCAAGAUCCCAACUGGACUGGUUCAGGUUCGGAGUGGUUGAAGGUCGUUCCCAAAGGCAUGUACAAUUUACUCAUGUGGAUCAUGAAGGAAUACAACAAUCCUCCAAUAAUUGUCACAGAAAAUGGCGUCAGCGACGUGGGUGGACUUGCAGACUAUAAACGCGUGGAUUAUAUUAAUUCCUACCUCUCGGCGGUUUUAGAUGCCAUUGAGGAUGGCGCCAAUGUGCAGGGCUAUACAUAUUGGAGCUUAAUGGACAGCUAUGAAUGGAAAGCUGGCUAUACUGAAAAAUUCGGUCUCUAUCAUGUGGAUUUCAAUCAUCCCAAUCGCACGCGCACACCAAAGGUCUCCGCCAGAGUUUAUGCGAAAAUUUGCAAGACCAACACAAUCGAUUGGAGUUAUCGACCAGGUUUGGAUGAGAGUCAAAUAAAUGCAUUGCCACAGCUGCCCGAAGUAAAAGCGAAGUCGGGCGCGAGUACAUUGUACAACACAUUGAGCGGCCACAGUUGGCAGCGUAUAACGUUAUUGUUGUUGUUUGUUAAUUAUUUAUUACGAAUUUAA